GUGAUGUUGACGAACCGUUUAGCAAAGCGAGCUGAUACCGUUUACACUGGUAUAUGGGUUUUAAUUGGACUUCUGAGCGCUAUUAUUUUUUGCAUCUUAAUACUAGUGGUGGCUUUUGUGAUAAAGCGACGUAUGAUGCAAAAGCAAAGUGAUCAAGAAAGCGACAGUGAUAGCACUACGAUUAGACAUAAUAACAGCGGUGAUGACAAAGAGGAUGUCGUUUCAAGCACAUCAAACUCAUCUUCAUCAUCUUCGCCUUCAUCUAGUAGUGAAAAUUAUCAAAUACUCUACUUCGGUAGCGGAAGAUAUUGAAUUAAACGUUAUAUUUUUCAAUACACCGAGAAGAGCACUAUUCAAUUAUAAUUCACUU